AUUCUCCUGGGACUUUCCCAGCAUACUGAAGUGCAGAAAGUUUUAUUUGUGGGUUUUUUCAUCAUCUACAUGGUGACUAUAUUGGGGAACCUACUUAUUGUGGUAACAAUAAUCACUAGCCAGAAUCUAUGCUCCCCCAUGUACUUCUUUCUUGCCUACUUGUCCUUGAUGGAUGCCUUUCACUCUACUGCCACGGCCUCCAAAAUGAUCGUAGAUUUACUCUAUGAGAAGAAAACCAUCUCCUUCAAAGGCUGUAAGACCCACAUCUUUCUGGAACACUUAUUUGGAGGUGUUGAGGUCUUUGUCCUUAUGGUCAUGGCCUAUGACUGCUACGUGGCCAUUUGUAAACCUCUAUAUUAUAUGGCCAUCAUGAAUCAGUUGGCUUCUGGACUGAUGGUGGGGUUGACCUGGGUGGGUGGCUCUCUGCACUCAAUGGCACAACUUCUCUUUAUGUUUCGGUUGCCUUUCGGCAGCCCCAGUGUCAUCGACCAUCAACCACGUAUCUGUGACACGUACCCUCUGUUAGAACUCACCUGCACUGCUACCUACUUCAUUGGCCUAUCAGUGGUUGCCGAUGGUGGGGCCAUCUGUGCGAUCAUCUUUCUCUUGUUACUUCUCUCCUAUGCAGUCAUCCUGCGCUCCCCGAAAUCCCUCAGUUUGGAAAAAAGGAACAAAACCCUCUCUACCUGCAUCUCCCACAUCACUGUGGUGGUCUUAUUCUUUGUUCCCUGCAUUUUCAUGUACCUGAGGCCUGUGUACACUUUACUUUUCUAUACUAUUGUCACUCCCAUGCUGAAUCCCUUAAUCUACAGGCUGAGAAAUGCUGAGGUAAAAAAUGCUAAGAAAAAAACUCCCUAUUUCUUACGUUCAGGCAUCUCACCUAAGCGGCACCUUUCAGCAUCUGAGAACUCUGACAGGAAUAAAGCUUUCAGAAACCUGUUCUAUGACUUGCAAACUAAAUUCAGGAACAGGAAUGACAGGUGGUUUUUAACAGUUGCCUGCAACAGCUUCACCGAGUUAUUUCCGUUAACUGUGUUAGCUGGUGUUUGUGUGGUUUGGGGACCAGUUUUUGGUCAGUGUGAGUGUGGAGCACAUGGGUCGAUGGUCAAUUCAACGUUCUUCUCCAUACUUACCGGCUCCUGUGAUCUGGACAUCUUCGAGGUCCCUCUCUUGCACUACAACGAAGAAACAAAACCACCUAACCGCUUGUGUAAGGCUCUACUGCAGCUCAGGUCUUCUUAUGAUACUACUCCCCAGCCUGAACUUUACAUUCCUUCCAAGAAAAUCUGCAUCUGUGAAAAUGCUGUUUUUGAGGGCACCUGA